GGCCCCGGGAGCUGGGAGUCGGCAGUCGUGGCGCUGGGUAUUUCUGGAGUUAAUGGAGUCAGAAGGUCCCCCAGAGUCAGAAAGUUCAGAAAAAUCAGUAGUUUUUUCACAGCAAGAAGAAGCAGCUGAAGAACUUGAGGUAACAGACACUGUAAACCCCCUCUUACAGCCUGCUCUCACAGGGGAUGUAGAAGGUCUGCAGAAGAUUUUUGAAGAUCCUGAGAAUCCUCAUCACGAACAGGCCAUGGAGCUACUCUUGGAAGAAGACAUUGUUGGGAGAAAUUUGUUGUAUGCAGCCUGCAUGGCUGGGCAAAGUGACGUGAUUAGAUCUUUGGCAAAAUAUGGUGUGAAUCUGAAUGAAAAAACUGCCAGAGGCUACACACUCUUACACUGUGCUGCAGCCUGGGGUCGGUUGGAAACUUUGAAAGCACUAGUGGACUUGGAUGUUGAUAUAGAGGCUCUGAACUUCCGGGAAGAAAGAGCUCGGGAUGUUGCUGCUCGGUAUUCCCAGACCGAGUGUGUUGAAUUCCUGGACUGGGCAGAUGCAAGGCUGGCUCUGAAAAAAUACAUUGCAAAGGCCUAUGCAGCCAUUACAGACUCAGAAAAGGGACCAGGAAAGCUCCUUAAGGAAGACAGGAAUACCAUCAUCACUGCAUGCCGUGCAAAAAAUGAGUGGCUGGAAACCCAUUUGGAUGCUUCCAUUAAUGAGCUUUUAGAACAGAAAGAACAACUGGAAAUUAUUAUGACUCCCAUUUUCACAAAAAUGGCUACACCACGUCAGGUGAAAAGUGCCAAAUCUGUGCUAACCUAAGCCAUGGUCAGAAAAGAAGUGAAGACAUACCUUCUACUGAAUAUAUAUAUUUUGUAAAAAGCCACAUUUUCUUCUAGUGUCCAUAAAGAAAAACCUAUUCAUGCCAAUUGAAGUUAAUAAAUAGAUGUGGGUUUUACAAAAAUGUUUAAUAUGAAAUCACAUCACCCUUGUUUUGUUAUAUUCUGUUCGGGAUGUUUAUGUCCAGACUCUGUCCUUGCCUCUGCAACACCAAAGGCAACCCACGUGAUUUCCAGGUACUACUUCUAGAGAACACAUGGAUGUGACUCCCUCACAAAGACCGCAUGGAGACUAUUUAGAGAAUCUAAUAAUUUUCUGUGUAAUUGAGGCAAGAAAUUUCCAUUUAAUUGAGGAAUUUCAUGAUAAAAGACACAUUUGGUUAUUUUCAGAGGACACAUUUGUUUUCCCUAUCUUAAAAAGAAAGCUUAUGGAAUAACAUUCUGGAGCAAGAAAGUAAUAAGAAUCAUUUGGAUCAGGGUCCUCUGGUUAUACAACUAUUACUUCUUAUGUCCGAAUUAUAAUUCACCUGUAAGGUGGGAUGUGGUAUUUAAGUAAAUACCCUUAUUUCUUUAUAGUCUAUAUUUAAAUUAAUGAACACAACUCUGUUUAGUUUUAUAUUUAGAAGAUUUACCCUAUUCUGUAGUUUUGGCAAUUUAGAUAUCAUAACUGUACUCCGUGCUGUUUUUUUCUCCUCUUAUGUUUUUCUUACGUUUAAAAAAUCAUAGUUGGUUUCACAUCGGUGAUUUGGAAACAAGUCUUUUUUCCUUUCUACUUUAAUAAAGUCCCUGAACCUUCUACUACUCUAUGACUUUCUGGGGCAGUUUUAUAGAAAAUUUCUUUUUUAAGAAAGGCUUUUAUCCCAGAGAAUAUGAUGGAAUUAAGGGUUCCAUCUCAGUGGUCCCAUAAGUGUGCAGUGCGUAUGUUUCUAAUUCUCACUCACCACUGGAUAAAUUUUAAAAGCUGAGUCAUAAAAAUCAUUUUUCAAUAAAUUUAGGAGACAUACUAAUUUUUAAAGUAAAAUAUUUUUACUUCGGAAGUAUCUUUUCUCCUCCUGAUUCUACUCCCCAGUUUUAUCUGUUUUUGGGGUUUUCUGCCCAUUCUUUUGGGUUGUGUUCAUAAAUAAUAUGCAAGUAGUGUUUUGGGGGAAUCAUAGAUUAUUUUCUCUUUUAACCCUUUCUUGAGCCCCUUGUUCUAAUUUGGUUGUAUAGCUUUACCUCUGUUGGUAAAAGAGAUGUAAAUUUAUUGAUUACACAUUCUUCCUUAAUAGAUCUUUGUAUUUGCUACAGAGUUUCUCUGCAAUGAAUAUGCGUCUAUGUAAAUUAUUUUAAAUUUGUCCCACUACUUUAUUGGGACAUUUCCUGUUAAUUGAAACUUCCGGGGCAAAAGAAAAGGAAAAUAUGCAUUUUGAGUGAAAAUUCAGAAUUCCACUAAAUGUAAGGCAGUCGUCAUCAGUUCACUUACCCAUUGUUUGUGAAUGAGCAAUUCCUCUUUUGUAGAACUGUACAAAUAUUAUGUUUUGUAUUUUUAAUCUUUGAUGUAAUAUUUCAAAGAACAUCAAGUUUGAUCAUCAUCACAUUAAUAGUCAUUUGUAUUUCUCCUCCAUGUUCUCAUUUUUCUUAGAAUGUUUUUAUUUCUCCUGAAAUAAUAAUUACUCUGUACUAAUUUCUCAGGGCUCAUUUAUGUUGAAGAGUGUCAGUCUUCUGAUUUUCAUGCAUUGCACGUGAAAUAGCAUAUUUCUUCCCAUUUAUUUCAUUCUGCUGUUUUAUUUUUGGUUGUACAGAAGUUAUGUAUUCAAGUAUAAUCAUUUUAUGUUGCAAAAAAAAAGCUUUUAUUCCCUGUUCUUCAUGACUUAUUUCUCUUCAUUAUCCUGCCCUGAAAACUCAUAUUUCAUAGGGGGUUUGGAGAUGCACAAUUUAAUAGUAUCUUGUCAAUUCACAUUUUCUCGACCAUGGUUUUGAGAUACUAGUAUAAUUUGUCUCCCAAAUUUUUAAGUUUUGAGAUCUUUUUGUGUAUGAGUAGUUCAGUGUCGGUUGCCUUAAGCAAAAGAAUAGGGCAGUAACUCUCACUCCUUUCUCUGGUAGAUCCGGUGGAUGUUUAUGAAGUAGUACAAAGAAGAUCUGUGUUUGCUCCAUUCUCUUUAUGCAGUAUAUUGCUAGAAGUCCAGUGCUCUUAAGCACUGCAAUAAUUUGGGGAAGGCCAGGUGCGAUUUUUACUGUUUCUACUCUAUGUGUGUAUUUUCCCAGCCCUGAUCUUGAAUAUGAUACUGCUUUCCAGUGAUACAAUCCUGGUGGUCAGUGAGGGAUUCCUGGAUUUCAUUUCAAAGAUUCCUGGAUAAGACCAAGGUAUUUCUGGAGACCCUUUUGUAUAAAAUGAAACUUUCUUCCUCUUUAUUCAUCUCUCAGUCUUUAACCUUAGACUUUUUGUAGCUUCUGUUCCAUUGCUAAUGCUGUCUUCUUAAGACUCCAUAUAUUGGCAAAUCUGUGCCUUCAUAGUUCCUGUACUAUCUCAUCAACUGCUUUUCUGACUCCUUGACCAUCUCCUCUUUUUCAUCUUGCCCCUAAGUGUGGGAACUCAAAAUUCAAUCCUGACCCUUAGUGAAGUAAUCUUUAAUUCCCGACUCCACAGCUUUUCCUUUGCCCCAUGUUAGAACUAAUCCUUCUUUCUAUGGAAUGCCUAUAGUGCUAAUAAUCUCAUACUAUAUUCAAUUGUUUACAUGUUUGUCUCCCCAUGGGAAGUGUGAGCUUUUUGAGAGUAGGGACUUUGUCUUGGUCUUUUUCAUAUCUUAAGAGCCUGUAAGAUAGUAAGUAUUCAGUAAAUAAUAGUGGAAUGAACUUUCUUUUGGGACUACCAUAUUUAUAGAACUCAUUACCUCCUCACUCAUUUAUUCAGCUUGUUCAUCUUUAUAAAUAACUCCUGAAUCCUUAUCUCCUUAUUUUGCUUGUACCCCAUUUUAACUUCUACCCCUCCAGCAGAUAAGCAGCAGAUAAGCUGCAUACAACCAACAUUAUGACUCUAUUUAUAAUUUCUCCUCUAACCUUUUCAUUUCCAAGCCUUCGUCUUGAAUACCACAUUAUUUUUCAAGCAUGUGAACCUGGUGAUUACCAAGGUAUUCCUGGAUCUCACUUGAAAGAUUCCUGUGAUGUGAGGCUCUGAACAUUUUUUUAUAUCUAUAGAUCUAUAACUUUAGUCCAUCUGGAGAGACAUAGUACCUCUUGUUACCUAUUGUUGCAUUGAAAUUAUACAUAUAUUCACAGGAGAUUUAAAAUGCCUUUAUGGUAUGAAUUUGAGCUGUAACACAGGUAGCUGCAUGACUUUUUCUUAAUAUCCACACAGUAAUUACUGUUUAAGAGUUUAUAUUAGUAAUUCAGGAAAGUUUCCACGUUAUUUGAGAGAUUGUCAAGCAAAGGCUAAAUUCAGUGUUAUGAUAACUUCUAGACAAUGGUUCUUUAGAUUUUUGUAUUUCAUUGAUUAGAAAAGUGUAAAAAAACUAAAGGAAGGGAAUUGAUGAGACAUCAUUAAGAAAACAGCAAUCUACCACCACUAUAUUUAAUAAAAUACAAGACAUUUUGACAAGAGAAAAGAGGAGAGGUUAUAAUCUCAGUGUAAGGCUCUACCCUUUAGGUUGAAUUCCUUAAACUUUAUAUAGGCCUAUAUGCUAAAUUUAUUUUUCUCAUUUUACCAUGUAUGAUGGAACUUGUGUCAGGAGCUAGAACUAGCCUGUGGUCCAGCCUUUGAGAACUUCUGCUCUAGACUCUGCUAAAACAGGCAAACUGCCUAGUUAGGUUAACAUGAUAAUCAUGAAUUGUAAAAGUCUGACCAUCACCCUGAUGUUUGAUCUAAUAUAUGAUAGAUUGAAUUUUCCAAGAUGGCACAUCUCCCAUCCCCCAUGCUCUUCUUACAAUGUGGUUUUGAUAUUCCUCCCAAAGACAGGUGAAGUCACUGUUCUCUCCCCAUGAAUCUGGGCAGGCCUAUGACUACAGUGGAAGUUAUACUAUGUGAAAAGGCUAGAUCAUGAAUGACGGUGCAGCUUCUACCUAGUUCUCUUGAGAUGCUCGCUCUUGGGAACCAGCCGUAUGGAAGGCAAAGCAGCCUAUGGAGGGGCCCAUGUGGAAAGGAACUGAGGCCCCAACCCCGCAGCUCUGCCUGAGUUGUCAGUUAGCUGGCGUCAUCAACUUGCCAGUCAUGUGAGUGAGUCAUCUUGGAAGUGGAUCCUCCAGUCGAGUCACUCCAGCUGAUCUAUGUGGAGCAGACACAAGCCUUCUUUGCUGAGUCUUGCCAAAACUUCAAAUUUGUGAGCCAAAUAAAUGACAGUUGAUGUUUUAAGCUA